AAAAAAAAAAAAAAAUGUGGAAUCAUAUGAGAUACAUUCAAAAUAAACGUAACGCAUUCAUUCAUGCCACGUGAUUUGUCAUACGCGUGUGUGUACGAAACAUUCUACGAAAAGAAUUCUUUUUCAGAUUUUCUCAAAUUCUGUUCGAAUUAUUCAGUGAAUUCAAAAAGAGCAAAAAAAAUGUCCAAAAUAAGAACAGAGAAAAAAUCUCGUCAACAUAAUGAGAUACAAAAACAAGGUAUCAAGUUUAAUAAAGUUUUAGGCCAACAUAUCCUAAAGAAUCCAUUGGUAGUGACCAGUAUGGUCGAUAAGGCUGCAUUACGAUCAAGCGAUGUUGUACUGGAAGUUGGUCCUGGCACUGGUAAUAUGACCAUGAAAUUAUUAGAAAAAUGUAAACAAGUAAUAGCUUGUGAAGUGGACACCAGAUUAGUGGCCGAAUUACAGAAACGUGUACAAAAUAGCCCAUUACAAUCAAAGCUAAAGAUUAUUAUUGGCGAUGUUCUUCGUAAAGAUCUUCUUUUUGAUGUUUGUGUAGCCAAUCUUCCAUAUCAGAUAUCAUCACCAUUCGUAUUUAAAUUAUUACUUCAUCGGCCAUUUUUUCGUUGUGCAAUACUAAUGUUUCAACGUGAAUUUGCACAACGUUUAGUAGCUAAACCUGGUGAUAAACUUUAUUGUCGUUUAUCCGUAAACACUCAAUUAUUAUCACGUGUUGAUAUUAUAAUGAAAGUUGGUAAAAAUAAUUUCCGUCCACCACCAAAAGUAGAAUCAUCUGUAAUACGUUUAGAGCCAAUAAAUCCACCACCAAUGAUUAAUUAUAAAGAAUGGGACGGUAUGUUACGGAUAUGUUUUCUACGUAAAAAUAAAACCUUAUCAAAUCUAUUUCAUCAAACAUCAGUAAUGGAAAUGCUACGACAUAAUUAUGAAGUACAUUGUUCAAUGAAAAAUAUUAAUAUCGACCGUAAUAAUAAUAAUGGAUUCAAUAUCAAAGAUAAAAUAACAGCAAUAUUAACCGAGAUAAAAUUUGAAAUGAAACGUGCACGUUCAAUGGAUAUUGAUGAAUUUCUUCUAUUACUUUGUACAUUUAAUAAACAUGAUCUUCAUUUCUCUUAAUGUAGAAGUGAAGAUUUGCUUUUUUUUGUUGUUUUA